AUGGCAUCUCAAUCGAGCUACAAACUUCCACCAGAAUGGGGCCUCAUGCCGCCUAAUCCAGAUCCGGAUUUAGUACUUCCCGGAGAUGCCCUUGGAAGAGACCUGGAUCGAAUUGAUAUGCCAUCUCUUGACGUUCCCAUCAGUCGCAUCAUAGGAUCUACACCUCUUGCUUUUCGCCCUGAUGUUGAGGUCCCAGAACUGUCCGAGAUUGACUCCGAGACAGAUGAGCAGCCCGGCACCCCGCCCGAUGCUGGUGCUGGGGCUAGUUUCGUAGGCUGGAACAGAACCAUCAAGUCCGGUAGUCCUCCUCUGCAUCGAGCGACAGUUAUCGGAGGUGCUGUGGUGCGCAAUCUAUGUCUUGUCAUCCCAGAUGAGAACAUGAAUGGCUUUGCCGAUCUUCCCGUCCAGCCUAUUCGAGCAAGCAAGGGGCAGCCUGCUCAACUGGUUGCCAAGAUCUUGGACGAUGAGGACGAAAAGCCUCCAAUGCCUUUCCUUAUUCUGCCUGAUGAACGCCGAGGUGGCUCCGAUAUCCAAAGUGCCGACUCCUCUGCGAUGAAUCGCUUCGCGACUUGGAGCUCUUCGUUCAGUCCCGGCAAGCCAGCCUCGGGGCCUAUUUAUUGGGCCCUUUCUACUCUCAAGGUAGCAGGAGCUCCCGAGGAGAAGAAAGGAGAGGAAGGUGAGAAGGAGAAGCUUGGAAGGUCCAAGAUGGAAGAGUUUGUCUUGUCUGGAGAUAUUGAUGACUUUUGGGGGAUCAAAGGCUUGACUGCCAAGUUAUACAAGUACAAAGGACCCGAGAAGGAUGCCGCUGAUGUUCCCGAGGAACCGAAAGACAAAGAGGAUAAGAGUGAAGAUAAAGUCGAAGAACCGAGCACUAAAGCCUCAGAUGAGAAGGAAGAUAAAGAGGAGAACAACGAGGAGGACGAUAAAGAUGAGCCUGCCAGAGAGAAGAUCAAGCUGGACACUGAAAGCUUCACCCUCAAAGGCCAACCUUUGGGGACAUUGUUCCCCUCCAUCAACGAUUUUAACAUUAAAAAUCUUCCCAUUGAGAAUCUUGAAAUCACCUACUCCGAGGAGAAGAAGAACUUUCUCUUCAAGCCUGGUCUGCGACUCGAAGUGGACGUCUUGUUCAAGGAUAGCCUCGCCUGGGCUGGCGAUGCCUUAAAGAAACUCUUUGGACCCAACGAUCCUCCCAAGCCCAAGAUUGAGAGUUUGGUCCUUCAAGGAUAUUUUCCACCACUAACUCUCAAGGCUUGGGAUCUACUAAACUUCCGGACGCUGGGGAUCGAGAUUACAGCCACCAAAGCGGCCAGGAACAAGCCAUCAGAAGAAGAGUCCAAAGGUGAUAAGCCCGAAGAUGGAAAGCUAAAGGGCGAGACUGAUGGCGAUCACGAGAUUGGCAAUGGAGAUACCGAGACAGCCAAGCUUAGUAAAUUUAACGGCACUGAAGAGAACCGGGGCGAUGGUGAUGCUGAGAAUCAGGAAGGGGAAGAUGAAGAAGAAAAUUCUGACGACAAAGCGAAAGAAAAGAAGUCUUGGUCCUUUGGCUUUGCCUUUUUCGGAACUGUGCUAAUCACCAAAGUUCCCCAUGCAAAUGUCCCGCUGGAUGUCAACUAUAGAAUUGCGAGGGACUUUGUUGCCGCGGAAGAGAAAGAGAAGAAGGAAGACGACAAAGAGGACAACGGCGAUGACAAGGCUGCUGAGGAUGAAGGGGGAGAAGCAGGCGCAAAAGAAAAGUCUGUUAUGGCGAUGGAUGAAAACCCUAAAGAGGGCAACAAGAAGGGCGGAGAGAAAGACAAGAAAACCGGCAAGAGCAUUGAAAAGUCUAAGCAUAAAAGAAGCUGGAAUCUGCUCAUCAAACCGGACAAGUGGGAGAACAUCUACGGUAUCGAGAAUGUUACGAUGAAAGAUGCGGAGCUCAAGGCGUCAUUUGAGGAGGGUGACUUUCGCAGCACGAUUAAGCUGGGACUUUCAGCGGAGCUGAAGUUGGGUGAUGGAACGUUUAAAGUCCAAGGACAGAUAUCGCGAGAUGACAACUAUCUGGAGGCUGAGAUCUCGGGACAGAAGUUGCCUGAGAAGGAAACGAAGAAGUCAGACGAGGAGAAAAAAGCGGACGAGAAGAAGACGGCUGGAGGUAACGAAAUCACUUUCAAAGAGAUGAAACUCAAGCUGUCAAGCAAGAAGUCGAAAGAAGAAAAGACUACCAAGAAAGCGCUUGAGCUCAACGGGAAAGUCACUUUCAACCAACAUUCGAGCGCAGUCGGGAGUCUUACCUUUGCGAGUGAGGGAGUGACAGUCCAAGGUGGUAUCUCAGACGUCAAGAUUCCUGAAACUGAGGUUAUGAUCAAGAAGGCGGGCUUGGAGAUCUUCUUUGGAUUCAAGUCAAAGAAAAUCGAGGAGAAGUCAGAUGAGAAGAAUGGCGAUGACAAGAAGGAGUCUAAGCCAACUGGCGAUAAUGAGCCCGAGGUACCGGGCAAAGAUCAAGAUGGCGAGGUGGAAGAGGAGAGUUCGGAGAAGUUGAACGAUGAGCCACCUGCCAAGACACCAUCUGAAAAGAAGGGGAAGGAUAACAAGGCGAAGAAAGCCGAGAGAGGAAACUGCUUCGGCAUCCUGGGCGUGGUUGAAAUCAACAAGAUCGCCAUUAAGGUUGGACUUUACACUGAGCAGAAGAAAGACAAAGAGAAGAGGGAGUGGCUGGCAUUCGGUGCGAUUGAGAACGUCAGGUUGAGGGAGAUCUGGAAUGACAUUCCUGAGGGUAACUUUCUCAACCUCGAGCUGAAGAACAUUGCACUCAUCGCUUCAUCUCAUGAGAGGAAGAAGAAAAAGAAAGACGACAAGAAAAAAGAUGAAGAUGGUGAUGGGCAGUCAGAGAAGACCGACGGUGAUAAGGAGAAGAGUGACGAGGUGAAGCCCAAGGCGAUUGGGAAUAAGGUGUCGGAUGGCGAGGUCUGGGUAAACAGUCUUGAUGUGUUCACCGUCACCGAGGAGAAGCCUGAUGAGGAUUCGAAGGAGGAAGAGGGAGAUGGGGACAAAGAUAAGGAAGAAGAGGACGAGGAAGACGAAAAGGAGCCAGAUAACUGGGACCUUUGUGCAACUAUCCACUCCUUCCCGCAACUCGAGGAACUCAACGGAAAGAAGAAGUUGGAAGGACUCACGCUCAUCUUAUCGAUAACCUCGAACGGCAAAAUUAGUGCUACUAUUGAUCUUCCCGAGUCCUUUAGAGUGCAACUUUCGGAUACUGCAUACCUCCACAGCUUUGGUACUACUAUCGCCAUCAAGUCGACGACGGGGCCAGAGUUGAACAUCCAUGCAACCUUGACUUUCACGUUCAAAGACUCAGACCCUAUUUCCGUGGAGGGAGUCAUUGUCGGAAGCUUUAAGGGUGCGAGAGGAGAAUUGAAAAUGUCUGAUGACUCUAGAUGGGUCAAUCCGUUUGGUCUGAAUAAGAAUAUGGUCUUUUCUCAACUCGGGUUCGGAACAGGCUUUACAUAUGCGACAGUUCUCGUCACUGGACCAGAUGAAAUCGCUCUCCGAGGACAAGUAGACAUUGGAAAAUUCUGUGCGAAGCUCGACAUGGGUCUCCGUGUGACCACCGCCGAGGCAGUCUUCCGACUCGAGAUGAACAAGCUAGAUGCAAUGGAGAUUGUUCAGCUCGCUGGCGUCCUCAUCAACAACCAAGCAAUGCAACAGAUGAAAGGCGCAGAGGGGAAACUGGUCUUCAAGGACCUCAAACUAUAUGUCUCAUCUGGCGCUGAGUUCUUAGGUCGCUAUUACGAUCGCGGUAUCCAAGUGCAAGGCAAAAUGUGGUGCUUCGGUAAGAAAGGAGAGUUUGACGGCAGAUUUGAUGAAAGUGGCGUUGUUAUUAAAGCAGGGAUCGACAACUUCAAGGUCGGCGGUCUGGAGAUUACAUCAACGCAAGAAGGUGUUGAUCGAGCGACCAUGGACAUCGAGAUGACCAAGGACAGACAGAAGCUGUUCAUUGACGGCAGGAUUCGGUACUACAGCCUCGAGAUCAGCGUGUUUCUUGACCUUGAUGUCCAAGCGCAGUACCUCAAACUGGAUGUCAAGAUCAAGCUGACAGAGAGCUUAUUGCUGAGCCUCAAAGCCGACGUUGUGGUAAAGAAUCACAAUUCCCUUGAGGGAGCCGAGAUGAGCUUCGAGGCGAUUUUGGAGACUGACAUCUUGGGUGCUAUUUUGCAAGGCAUCACGGACGGUAUUGAUGCACUGCAUAAGCUAGCUGACAAGGCCAUCGACAAUGCACGGAGUGACUUGACUACAAAGCUCGCCCAAAAGAAAGCUGCGCUGAAAAAAAUGAAGGGUGAGCUAGAAAAGCUUGAAAAGGAGUGCACUGCAGAAGCCUUGAAGAAGCAAAAGGAGAUAGACAAAGAGAACGAGUUAUUGAGGGGGCUUCAUGACGAGUUUGAGAAGUACGCAGAGGCUUUCCGAGAAGCAAAGGAGGCCAAGGAUAAAAAUGAAAAGGAGAUUCAAAGAUUGGAAAAUUUGAGAGACGAGGCAAGAAGAAGGCUUGGAGAGAAGAAGACGGAGAUGAUGAAAAAGUAUGAGGAGGAGAUUGAGAAAGAACGGGCAAAGAGGGAUGCUAUGGAGCAAGAGAAGAAGAGAUUGAUUGACAGUCGAGACGCGAGUUGGGGAGAUGCGUUGCGAAGUUAUAGGGAGGCGGACAGAAGUUGGCAGUGGUGGUGUCGGCUCGAAAAAACACGGUAUGCGUGGAAGAGGACGUGCGAGUCGAAGUUAUAUUGGUGUGCCUGGUAUGACAAGCCAUAUUCGACCAUCAAGCUCACCGAGGCCACACUAGACCUCGAAGAAGCACAUGCUCGAAAGGCAGCCGAUGCAGAACUCCGACACGCAGGAAAAGCCAUAAUGGACCUCCCAGCCUUCCGAAGCAUUGAAGCAGCCAUCAAUGAAGCAGCCAGAAAGAUCGACCAGUUUGGAAGAGCGAUCAAUGGUCUCCUCAACAGAGGACUCGGAGCCUAUCUCGACGAGAUGCUGAAGGAUGAGAGAGAAGAUCUGAAUCGCCAGAUCAGACUGCUAGAGGCAUUGAUGAGAAAGAGCGAGGAGCUCGAAGCUGCUUACAAGGAAGCGAAGAAGGAUCUUGAAAAGACUGAGGAGAGACUCUCACCGCAGCAAGAGGCUGCGAGGAAGAGGAUUGCUGAGAUACAGGCGGAGAUCAAGAUGUUGCCUGCGCGACAUGAGUACAUGAACAAGAAGAAGGAUUGCGAAACCAUGGAGAUACAAGUCAACGAUCUGGUUGCAACUCUGGAUGACAUUCAGAGGGUCAUGAAGGAGGUCUCGCAGAUCAGCAAGGAUGUUGUGAAUACUCUGAAGAAGGGAAUUCCGCGCGUCACCAAGAUCAUCGUCAGGGCUAGCAACAGGGCCUUUGUGGAGGAUAAACCUCUGAUGUUUGAGAUUCAAGCCGUGUGGAUGGACCAACAGGAGACGUUCCGCAUUGAGUGGGCGCCAGAUCAGGGAAUUUCGGUUCUUUACUCACAGGCUGCUGAGAAGUUAGCGACUUGGGGACAUGAGGACGAACCCCCUGCUCUACCUGGUCCGACACCGCAACCAGACCCCGCGCCACAAGAUCCAAAGCCAGAACCAAAGCCAAAGCCAGAGCCUGAGCGAGAGCCUCAAGAUGCAGACCACAAAGGGGAGAUACAUCUGAUUCACCGCGGCGCAAAUCACGACGAAGAUUGGCCAUACUGGAGCACCUUUGAUGGCCAGACUUGGAGCAAGGAUUACAAGGUUUGGUCCUAUGGACUGCACAUCGCUGAUGGCUUCUGCCUAGCUUCGUUCCAGAAGAAGCUCUUCAUCUUCCAUCUCAGCCCCCGAGGCAAGUCACAAGUGUUUUACGAGUCACACGUAUCAGGAAAUGAAUGGACGAGAGGAGGAAUCACGGCCAUUCCGAAUACCGCAUCCUCACCGGGUAUGUGUGCCGUUACAUUCAGGGGCAAACUCUACCUCUUCCACCAUGGAGUUCCUCAAGAGAAACUUCGAUACAAUGUCUUCAACGGUCAAACUUGGGCAGGUGACACUGAUAUCAACAUCGGCGACGUCAAGGUGGGCUUUACGGCUGUUGUGUUUAACGACAAGAUAUACCUGUUCUAUCUUCCCAAAUACGGCGUCGCCUCCCAGAGGUUUGCUUACGUUACCUUUGACGGAGCGCGUUGGGAAGAGGUGAGGACCGUUGGUAAGCAAGCGACAUCUGGUGUUACGGCAGCGGUUUAUCAGAACAAGCUGUAUCUGAUACAUCGAGGAUACGGCAUGGCUUACGUUCUUGGAUUGCCCCGGACGGGGACACAAUCCCUCACUGAUGCACUGGCAAUACUCGGCAUCUCUCCGAUCUACCACAUGCGCGAAGUGGGCAAAAAUAACCACGCGGAUCUUUGGACAGCCCUUAUUCAUGAAAAGUUCGGUACAGAUGGUUCCUCACACCCAACAGAUCUUCUCACAAUACUGUCAAAUUAUAAAGGUGUCUCCGACUACCCCGCGGCCAUAUUCGUCGACGAACUGCUCGCAGCCUUCCCUGAAGCUGCCGUCAUUUUGACUGUGAGGUCAGAAGAUUCACGGGCCAAGAGCAUGAAGGAAACUAUCGUGCACUAUCUUGAUAAUCGGGUGAUUGACGAAACAACUCCCAUGGCGGUUAUGGCUAGAACCUACAGCAUGUUCUGUUGGAAUGAUGACUUUGAGAAGAAUGGUCUGGAUCUUUUUCGACGACACAAUGAGCAAGUGAGAUGGGCAGCUAAGGAGAGAGAGUUUCUAGAGUAUACAGUAGGUGAUGGCUGGGAGCCAUUAUGUGCUUUUCUCAAGGUACCUGUCCCUGGGAAUAUACCUUUUCCUAGAAAGGACGAUUGGUUAGAAUAUAAGAAGCAGAUACAUAAUUUAGGCAAAGAGACUUACAUUGGACUAUCAAUCAUCUGA